AUGAGUUUUUUUUCGCCACCAGCACCACCACUUUUCAAUCUAACACAACCAUUUGCAUUUCCCCCAAACUUGCUACCUGAUGAAGCAAGUCCAGAAUGGAUGAACAAAGCCGACAAUGCUUGGCAGCUAGCAGCGGCAACACUAGUCGGCCUGCAAAGUGUACCAGGGCUUAUGAUACUGUAUGGUGGUGCUGUCAAGAAGAAAUGGGCUGUGAAUUCUGCUUUCAUGGCAUUGUAUGCUUUUGCAAUGGUUCUUGUUUGUUGGGUCUGUUGGGGAUACCGGCUUUCUUUUGGGGAUGAACUUAUUCCCAUUUGGGGGAAGGUGGAAGCUGCCCUUGAGCACAAGUACCUUUUGGAACAGGCAUAUCUUGGACUGUUCCCGAAUGUAACCAUGGUGUUUUUCCAAUUUGUUUUUGCAGCCAUCACUUUGAUUUUAAUAGCGGGUGCAGUUUUGGGACGGAUGAAUUUUUAUGCAUGGAUGUUAUUUGUUCCCCUCUGGCUAACCUUUUCGUACACCUUUAGUGCAUUCACGAUCUGGUCUACAAAUGGUUGGCUCAGUAAAAUGGGAAUUAUUGACUUUGCAGGUGGUUACGUUAUACAUUUAUCUUCAGGAGUCGCUGGUUACACUGCUGCUUACUGGGUUGGUCCUAGAUUGACUGCGGACAGGGAAAAUUUUCCUCCCAACAACAUUAUAAUGAUGUUAGCUGGUGCCGGUUUGUUAUGGAUGGGCUGGACUGGGAUCAAUGGUGGAGCCCCGUAUGUGGCCAGUACUGAUGCUUCGUUGGCUGUGUUGAACACCCAUGUCUGUGCGGCUACAAGCCUACUCACGUGGCUAAUGCUUGAUAUUAUUUUUUUCAAGAAAGCCUCUGUUGUCAGUGCAAUUCAGGGUAUGAUCACAGGUCUAGUUUGCAUCACCCCUGGAGCAGGGGUUGUGCAAGGAUAUGCUGCCAUCAUAAUGGGAAUCUGUUCAGGCUCAAUCCCGUGGUUGACUAUGAUGGUGUUGCAAAAGAAAUUAAAGAUCUUCCAAAAAAUCGAUGACACAAUGGCAAUGCUGCACACACAUGCCAUAGCAGGUAUCCUGGGCGGUAUCCUCACAGGCCUCUUUUCUGAGCCCCAUUUGUGUAAAUUAUUCUAUGGGAGUACAGGUAGAUACAUGGGGCUAUUCCAUGCUUUGCACCUUGGAACGUCAGAAAGUAUCCAUUACGGCCUCCGCCAAAUGGGAAUUCAACUACUAGGAAUUUUAUUUGUGGUGGUGCUUAAUAUUGUAAUGACAAGUUUAAUAUGCUUACUUAUAAACCUAAUUGUGCCCUUAAGGAUGACCUAUGAGGAAUUGGAAAUAGGAGAUGAGAUGGUUCAUGGGGAAGAAGCUUAUGCUAUCUGGGGUGAAGGCAAGAAGCUUGAGACUCCGAGGUACUCGAGUUAUUAUAUUGAUAUUGAAUCCCCAAGCAAGACGGGAGUAAGUUCGUUUGAAAUAGAAUAG